GAGAGCAGAAGGCGUAGCUACUUCAAAGGGGGGGUCGAAGUGGGGCACAAGGAGAGGAGCGAGGAGGGUCCGGAGGUAACGAGGAGGGAGGGGACGUGUUGUAGGUCCCUGACAUGAAUGGACUAUGUUCGCUAAAGGAAUCGUAACUCUCCCGGUUUCAAUUCUCCUGCUUCAUCUCCCGGUUUUCCCGCUAACGGACAGCUGGCCCGUUGAGGACAGAAGUGAAGUAAGGGUGGGGCAGCAUGACGGCCAUCUACGACCACAUGGAAGUCAAAAUGGGAAACAGACCGGCAAAAAGGAGGUGUUUCAGUGGUGGGGGGAGUGGUCUACGUGGUCCUCCUGUUCCAGGAGCUGUGGAGGAGGAGUGAGGAGCCAGGAGAGACACUGUCUCAUGCAGAGGUGUCCCAGCACCAGUGUUAGCUUCAAGCAGCACCAGUGUUCCCAGUUCAACUCUAAAGCCUUUGGAAGGAGAUACUAUCAGUGGAUACCUCUGUACCCAGCCGAUUACAUCAGCAUCUCCAACAGACCAUGUGACCUGCAGUGUACCACCAUCAGUGGUGAGCGACAGCUGCUGGUUCCUGCCCACGAUGGCACCUCCUGUCGGGAUACUAAAAACCAUGGCGUGUGUAUCGAGGGGAUGUGUCAGACGUCGACGCGUGGUGUGAUGCAGUACCAGUGCAUUACAAUCAUACUUAGAUGGGUCAGCCUUCCCCAGAGAUCUGUCCUCACCAGACUGAGUCCUCGUAUUCACAGAGAUGUGUUCCUGCUCAUAAACUCUGGGAGUGUGUUUUCUUUACAAUUGUGUUGCAGUUCAGUGACAAGUUUGUUUUUGUCAUCAGGUUAUGUGUUUAUCACCAACAUCCCAGCUGGAGCUUCAGACAUUCAGAUCAUAGAGAGGCACAAGACGGAGAACAUCCUGGGUGAGAACGUACAGCUUCUUCUGCAGGAAGAAGAGGAAGUGGUGUGGGAGAUCCAGACCGCCAGACCAGCACCAGUGGACAUUAUGGUCUACAGACCUGCUGAUGUCAUCACUCGUGUGUUUAGUCACAAUGAUGUGGAGGAACAGGGACCUCCAGCACCAUCUGGCUACAAAAGCUCUUCCAACUCCUCCAACGAGCAAUCGACUGAAGACGACAACACGCUACUGCUCACCUUCCCAGGUGAUCAGAGGGUUCGUCCUGCAGCAGAAGAUGCUGCCUACCUGCUGCUGGAGGGGACGCAGACAAACACAUACUCAGCCACUGAGCAGCGGUCAGUUGCUGCUGCAGACACAAGCUCACAGAUGCACAGGGACAUUGUCAUGGACUCUGUGGCCUCAGAAACAGUCGGUGGUCGUCACACCGCCGUCCUGGUAGAGCUGCAGCAGGCGUCAGAGGUGCAGGCAGCCAACACGGAGAGCAACAACUUUGAUGUGGAGCCACAUGUUAGUCUGGGAGACCUGUAUAGCUGGAAGGUGUCUGCGUAUGCUCCAUGCAGUUCCACCUGUACAACAGGUAUCACCAGCACAUAUGCCCUGUGCGUCCGGUAUGAUGGCACUGAAGUUGACGACCGUUACUGUGACUCUCUGACCCGACCGGAGCCCACACAGGAGUUCUGCAUUGGAAAGCAAUGUCCUCCACGAUGGGAGACGAGUGGUUGGAGCGCGUGCUCUCGGACGUGUGGCGAGGGCGUGCAGUAUCGUAUCGUGCGUUGCUGGAAGAUGCUGUCUCCCGGGUUCGACUCCUCUGUCUACGAUUCGCUCUGUCUGUCACAUGAUCUCCACAAACCAGCCAAUAGGAAGGUGUGCCACGGACAGAGCUGUGGACCCCAGUGGGAGGUGUCGGGGUGGUCGGAGUGCUCAGCACGCUGUGGCUCUCGCGGCAUCCGCACUCGAGAGGUUCGUUGCUCUGUGGAAAGGAAACUGUGUAACGAGACCUCUCGGCCAAUAGAGAGCCAGGAAUGUGACGGCCCACCCUGUGACAGACGAUGGAGCGUUUCUGAUUGGGGACCCUGCUCAGGAGAGUGCGGCGAGGGCAGGAUGGUGCGUUCUGUGACCUGCCGUUCGUCAGGCGGACUUGUGAUGUCAGACGGGCAGUGUGACCAGCCGUUACGCCCGUUGGCCAUCUAUCCCUGCGGUGACAGAGAC